CUUAAAGUGAAGUUUUUCUCGCCAGUUGUUGGGGUCAGUCACUGGUGUUAUCUUCUUGCCCUCGGACGGAUCUCAGCACUGCCAGCACUUGCAUUCCAUCGUUUUUCGUUGCGAAAUAAUAUACCCUACUCGACGGUGUAGCAUAUAACAGAGAUUUACACAAUGGCCAGUGCUACAGCAGCAGCAACCGCACCCCUGGUGAUGCGGAUAGUGGCCAGCUCGAUCCAGAUUGCAGCCCGUGCUGGGCGGAUAAUUUGUGAUGUGAUGGCUAAAGGUGAUCUCGGGAUCGUGGAAAAGGGAAAGGAUGACUUGCAAACCGAGGCGGACCGGUCGGCUCAGCGGUGCAUAGUGGCUUCACUGGAGCGGCUGUUUCCUAAUGUGACCAUAAUCGGUGAAGAGGGCAGCAGUGAUUUGAAGGUCCCAGAGGAUUGGUUGGUCACGGAAAUGAACAGCGAAUUUCUCGAGCGGAAUGUUUGCCCGGAUGGCUUAAAACAGGUCAAAGAAUCGGAUCUGGUUAUCUGGGUGGAUCCCCUGGAUGGAACUAGCGAGUACACGCAGGGAUUCCUGGAACGAGUAACAGUAUUGAUUGGGAUAUCGGUGAACGAUCGUGCCGUUGGAGGAGUCAUUCAUCAGCCAUACUUCAAAGCCGACAACGGAUCUUUGGGUCGAACUAUUUGGGGAGUCAAGGGAAUCGGGGCAGGAGGUUUCUCACCGAAAAAACCACCGACGGAUCGAUUCAUCAUAACGACCACCAGGUCUCACUCCAAUGCGCUGGUUCAGUCAGCCUUGGAUGCCCUGUCCCCGGACGAAGUGCUCCGAGUCGGUGGAGCAGGCUACAAAGUUCUUCAAUUGCUUGAGGGAAAUGCCCAUGCCUACGUCUUUGCCAGUGCGGGAUGCAAAAAGUGGGACACGUGCGCUCCGGAGGCAGUACUUGAGGCUCAAGGUGGAGUGCUGACGGACAUUCUCGGUCGACACUACACCUACGGAAAGGACGUAAGCUUCCCGAACGCUUGUGGAGUCCUUGGGACCGCCAGUGGCACGUCCCAUCCGGACAUUUUAGCUAAACUACCGGAUGAUGUAAAACAGGCUAUGAAUAAAACACACUAAAAUAUCCAUUCCCUAUAUAGUUGCAAGGUUGCUGUGUAUUUAAAUAAAAAUCUCCUUAAACUCCA